CGCGCGCCCUUUCUCCUGCUGCUACGCGCGCGCUCACGCUUGCUUCUCGCCUGCCCGCCCGCACUCACGGCUCACGCGAGCGGAGAAAUCAAAACACUUCAACCAUCUACACUGAGAUGAACUGAGAAACAACCGAGAAACCAUCGCGGCUUAACGGACGACUGUCCAGCGCCAAAACCUCGCGGCGUUUCUUUUUCUGUGGAGGCGAAAGGAGAGGAACGAACAACAGUUUUCGCGUUAAAAACGCCAGAGUUUGUGCAUUUGACUGAACGCUGUGAUAUUUCCCUCAAGAAGUUUUAAAAACAAGUUUGGACCGGAUUCUGUUUGGAGUUGGACGUUUCUGACGCUUGUGAGGAGCUAACGUUAUCUACUGAAGAACAUGGAUUUAUUCCUAAUUUUAAUGGAAAAACUUUGAGAAACCGUCCGAAAUUACGUGUAGCAGCUGCUUCGCAGCCUUUCCAUCAUUUGUUGUUGUGAAAAUAUCUAUUGUAGUCCUGAGAGGCACAUUUUUUUGCUGUGACAGGACGCGUUUACAAAGCCAAAUAUGUCAGUCCAUGAUGAAGAAGAGGAAACUCAUCUGAUUCUCUGAGGGGAAAACACAUCCUAAUCAUAUUUUAACAUCUUACUGCACCUUAUUUCUUCGAGUUCGCCUUUAAUUUAGGUUUAUAAUUGGAUUAUUUCGUUAUACGAAGUCUCGUAUAGCUCUAUAGUGCAUAGCGCUCAGCUGGAUUUAAUUCGUUAAAAAAGUUGUUACGCUUACAUCCCUUUGAAGACCAUCCUUACGCAAUUGACCUUAGGCACUUUAGUGUCCUUUGAACUAAAGAGGAACUGGGAUAAUUUUCCCGUCAGCUUUAUCUUGGUACGUGCGUCAAACUGCCAAGCUUAUAUAGUUUUCGUUUCUGCCAAAAUUCUGCAUCAUUUCUGUCAGUAUGGAGGAGUGGAGACAGUGCGGUCGCUGGCUGAUAGACUGUAAGGUUUUGCCCCCCAACCACCGGGUCGUUUGGCCCUCAGCGGUGGUGUUCGACCUGGCCCAGGCGCUCAGAGAUGGGGUGCUCCUGUGCCAGAUGCUGCACAAUCUGUCUCCUGGAUCCGUGGACCUAAAGCAGAUCAACUUCAGGCCUCAGAUGUCACAGUUUCUGUGUUUGAAGAACAUCCGAACAUUCCUGAAAGUGUGCCAUGAUAAGUUUGGCCUGAGGAACAGCGAGCUGUUUGAUCCCUUCGAUCUCUUCGACGUGAGGGACUUUGGAAAGGUGAUCUCUGCGCUGUCCAGAAUCUCCCACAACAGCAUUGCACAGAUCAAAGGCAUCAGGCCCUUUCCAUCAGAGGACACUGCGCUGAAUGAAGAUGAUGUGUACCGGAGCUUGGAGGAGUUGGCAGAUGAGCAUGAUGUGGGAGAGGACGACAUAUACGACUGCGUCCCCUGCGAGGAUGACGGGGACGACAUCUACGAGGACAUCAUCAAGGUGGAGGUUAGACAGCCCAUGAAAAUGGGCAUGACGGAAGAUGAUAAGAGAAACUGCUGCUUGGUGGAGAUUCAGGAGACUGAGGCAAAGUACUACAAGACACUGGAGGACAUUGAGAAGAAUUAUAUGAUCCCCCUGAAGCAAGUAUUAACGUCGCAGGAUAUGGAGGCCAUAUUUGUGAAUUUAGAGGACAUCAUCAAGGUCCAUUUUGCUCUGCUGAGGGCCAUUGACCAGACCAUGAUGAGCGGGGGCAAUGGCUUGGGAAAGAUCUUUCUGGACUUCAAGGAGAGACUGCUGAUCUAUGGCCAGUACUGCAGCCACAUGGAGAAUGCUCAGAAGACACUGGAGGAGCUGAUUGCCACACGGGAAGAUGUCAAGUGUAAAGUGGAGGAGUGUACCAUGAAGGUCCAGGAGGGGAAGUUCAAACUGCAGGAUCUCCUGGUGGUCCCUAUGCAGAGGGUCCUCAAAUAUCACCUUCUGCUUAAGGAGUUAGUAAGUCACUCUAUGGACCGCCCGGAGAGACAGCAACUUAAAGAGGCACUAGACGCCAUGCAGGACCUGGCAAUGUACAUCAACGAGGUGAAGAGAGACAAUGAAACCCUCAAGAAAAUAAGUGAAUUUCAGAGCUCAAUAGAAAAUCUGCAGGUGAAGUUAGAGGAAUACGGUAGGCCAAAGAUAGAUGGAGAGCUUAAAGUGUCCUCUAUAGUUAACCGGACCAAACAAGACAGAUACAUCUUCCUAUUUGAUAAAGUUGUGAUUGUUUGCAAGAGGAAAAAUUAUAACUAUGAGUUAAAAGAGAUCAUCGAACUUCACCUCUACAAGAUGUCCGAUGACCCUAUGAAUAACCGUGACAUGAAAAAGUCGAGUGGAAAAAUGUGGUCCUAUGGCUUCUACCUGAUCCAUCUGCAGGGGAAGCAGGGCUUCCAGUUUUUCUGCAAGACAGAAGACACCAAGCGCAAGUGGAUGGAGCAGUUUGAAAUGGCCAUGUCAAACAUCAAACCUGAAAGAGCCACUGCCAACCAGCACAACUUCCAAAUGCACACGUUUGAAAAGAACACUGACUGCAGAGGCUGUAAAAAGCUGCUGAGGGGUAUUUUCUACCAGGGAUACUACUGUUCACGCUGUGGGACCGGUGCCCAUAAGGAGUGUCUGGAGAUCAUUACCAUCUGCAAAAUAAGUCCUCAUGAUUCGGAGCCGGGGCUUCCACAAUCAGGUCCAAAGAUGGUGGCCAUCAGAAAUUACCAUGGUACCCCUGCCCCGCCAGGCAAGAUCCCUCUCUCCUUUCAGACAGGAGAAGUCAUUGAGCUCCUAAAGGGAGAUCCAGACACAUCAUGGUGGGAGGGCAAACUCAUCCAAACCCAAAAGACUGGCUUCUUCCCAAGUUCCAGUGUGAAACCAUGUUUAGACCCUAAGCCUUUCCAGUCAUUUUCCAGCCGUCAGUCCUCCAGAGAGACCGAUUACUACGUUUAUCCCUGGUUUGCAGGAAACAUGGAACGACAGCAGGCUGACAACCUGCUUAAGUCUCACAGCAGCGGCACCUAUCUGAUUCGCGAGAGGACAGCAGAAGCAGAGAGAUUCGCUAUCAGCAUCAAGUUUAAUGAUGAAGUGAAGCAUAUUAAAGUUAUUGAGAAAGACAACUGGAUUCACAUCACUGAGGCAAAGAAGUUCGAAAGCCUCCUGGAGCUUGUGGAGUAUUAUCAGAGUCAUUCACUGAAAGAGAGCUUCAAGCUGUUGGACACAACAUUACGUUACCCUUACAAAUCCAGGGAACGCUCAAGUUCUCGCACCAAUACCCGCUCACCAGCAGCCACCUGUGCUUCCUACAACUUCUCCUUCCUCAGUCCUCAGGGCCUCAACUUCUCCUCUCAAAGCUCUGCUCCCUUCUGGUCAGUAUUCACACCCAGGGUAGUGAGCACAGCUGUGGCGCGAUACAACUUUGCUGCUCGAGACAUGAGAGAGCUGUCCCUGCGAGAAGGGGACAUUGUCAAGAUCUACAGCAAGAUCGGUGGAGACCAAGGCUGGUGGAAAGGAGAGGCCAACGGCAGGAUUGGAUGGUUCCCCUCGACGUACGUCGAUGAAGAGGGUGUGCAGUGAAACUCUGGGGUCUCACAUCGUCCGUUAAAUCCGCAGCCCUCUGAGAGGACUCUCUGGAAGACUUUUUUGCUGGAAACAUAUUUUACAAUGAUUAUUUGUACUUCUGUCUCCUUUCGUCACGUACGAAUAUGCUUUUUUCCCUUUCUCGGAAUGUCUGUGUGAUCUCUGUGAAGAAAAAAACUGCUCCAAGUCUGUUCGUUCGCAGCGGCAGGAGGAGGAAAACUGUGAACAGAGCAGAACUUUGCCUUGAAGUGGCCAAAGGACAAGCAUGGCUUUAAAUUUGUACAGAAAUACCUGUAAGGUGCGCUGCCGGCCACACGGGGAUAUAAUUGGGGGUGGGGAUGUAUAAAAUUAUAUAUAAAGAUAAUUUAUUAAAGAGAUAUAUCUAUGAUUAAAAUGCAAUGUUGAACAAUGUUCAACAGCAGCAGCGCAAAGAAUAUACGAGAGCAGAAAAGAUGCACUUUGCAUUUCUUUACAGAGAGAAUUUGCCUUAGUAAAUGGUAAUGCCUUUAGAGGUGGAAGUAAAGAGAUGGAUUCAGACUCAUCUUGCACAUACACACUCGUACAUCUGCCCUGUCCAGAAAUACGGUGCCUUUUCGUACGUGUUCUUCACUCCCAACAGCGUCUAGUUUAUAUAGCUGCAACAGCGGUGCACUCUCACGGCCCUCAACGCUGCUCAACCAGAAGACCAUAAACAAGACUGAACAUUUCUUGAACUGGAAUGAACAGAUGACCAGAUCUGCUCAUCAUCUCACUGGAAUGAAGGGGCAGCUAACCGAAUUGCUUUAGCUGACUUGGACAAUGAAGGAUACAAGCACCAUCAUGUCUUCCUCAAACUUCAAGAGGAUGCAAAAGUGCAAUGGAGUGUCAGGAAGAGGUUCAGCUAACGCUGUUUCUGUGAUUAGCAUUUCUUCCCACAUUCUCAGUGGUCCAAAUUUGGACUAAAAAGGGAAAACUGAAUGCUGUGCACUGACUUAUCAUGAAUACCCAGAGGUUUCUGUGAGAUUUUUUUUUUUCGUCUUCUACAAGCACAUACAUUUUGCCAUUCCACCUUUCUCGUCUGCAGCCUGCCACAUUAUCUUACCAGAGUAUCUUGCCUUACUGGUGGACACAUUUGGUGCUACAUAUUGAAAUCCCUUGAGUUAGGGUGGAAUUUUCUUUUAUGCUGUUGUGGACGAGACCCACUGCUGAAAAAACCUCAGCCAUCAAGUGCACUUUAUACGUCCAGAGACCUUUUAACACAGGACACCACACUGCAGACCUAGACAUUAAAAUGUCAUAUUAUUUAAAAAUUUGUUUGAAAUGUCCUUGUUUUUACCUCUGGAGGAAAAAAAAUAAAUCCUUGACACUAUGAGCAGCGAUCCCUCAGAGAUAUUGAACAUUACCUGUAAACUCCGUAAGUGCAUGGAUGUGUCCCUCAUACAGUCCUUGGAGAAAAACCUUUCAGUGUUGCCGGCCGUCAGAAAUUGAACCUGUAAAUCGAGGCGGGAGAGUGCUAGACUGUAAUAAAGCAUCGGAUGUGUUUUAGCUGCGCUCCAGGCGAUAGAAGAGUGCGGCUCGGGUGGAGGUAGCGCUGGCUUAGGGGCUUAGUACCUGUUUGUGUAGUGGACAAAAUCCCAUUGCAUGUGGUCAUAGAUAUUACAACUGCUGUCCGUGAAUCCUAAAAAAAAGAUGUUUAAAAAUCAAGAAAUUGUGUAAAUUUUUUUGAAUGGUCAGUUAUUUCGAAACUGAGGUCUAUCAUGAAAUAAAUAUUUCUUUUUUGCCUA